AUGUCUGAUGAUAACAAGGAAACACUCUCUCUGCCCAUACCGGGUAGCUCAACCGAACUAUCCAAAAUCAUGGAAGAAAAACCAUGGAUAUUAGCUACUCAAGGUGAUGAACAGGUUUCAUCAAAAGCUUUACAAGUCGCUAAAGAUAUAUUUGAUCUUGGAGUAUCACUGGAAAGCAUAUCUCAUCCUCAUUUACAUCCAUUCCUCCUAUCAAUCCUCGAACCACCAUCAAUCAAUUUACGUUCUUCAUCCUCAAAGAAAGGAAAGGCCAAAUCACCAUCACCAUCACCAUCACCAAUUCCAGAUCCGGAAUCUUUCUUACCAUAUACACCACUAAGUGUGCUGACGAUAGAUGGACUUGAUCCUGAACAGAUUUGGGCUCAACUUGAAUUACGUGCUGAGGGAAUAUCAAAAGUGAUCAAAGAAGUUGGUUCAGGUGAAAAUAAUUUAGAAGAACAAGAUGCUCUACAAGAUCAAGAAUCCGAUGACGAUGAUGAAGAAGAGGAGAUGUCAAUAGAUGAAUUCAGACAUAUGUUGAUCGAAUCUGGAGAAUUAGAAGCUGCGGAUAUGGACGAUGAUGAGAUCAAAGCUUUAAUGGAAGACAUGGACGAUGAAGAUAGUGAAGAUGAUGACGAGGAUGACGAGGAUGACGAGGAUGAUGAAGAUGAUGAAGAUGGGAUCAAGUUUAGAGAUGAAGAAGAUAUCGGUGGAAGCGAAGAAGAGGACGAUGACGACGAAGAGUCGCUUGAUGUCGACGAAUUCGACCUUGAAGACGAAGAAGAUGAAGACGAAGAUGAAGCCGAAGAAGGGGAAGAUGGAGAUAUUCCAAUGGAUUAUGAGAAUGAUAUUGAGGAAGAUGACAAUUCCGCUCUGUUCGGUGCUGGACCAUCUAAACCUCGAGGCAAGAAAUCACAUCCCACGUUGGAUGACGAUUUUUUCUCAAUUGAUGAAUUCAAUCGUCAGACUGAAGAAGCUGAAGCUGGUCGGCUCACUUCCGGUCGUUUGGGAGGUGAUGACGAAGAGGAUGAAGAGGAUAUACAGGAUAUUGGAAGUAUGAUGCUUUCAGGUGGCGGCGAAGAUGAAGAUGUCAUGUAUUCUGAUUUCUUCGAGAAACCAAGAGGAUCAGCCAAACCCCAAAGCAGCGGUAAAGGCAAGAGUAAAGAGAAGAAGGGUAAAAGUAAAGGCAAAGGAGUAAGAUUCGAUGGAAACAACCCUCUGGACGAUAAUGAAGAUGACGAAGAGGAUGAGGAACAAGCGAGAGAUGUCAUGGGACGCCUGAAGGGCGAUUUAUUCGAUAGUGACGAUGAAGAGGAACAAGAGGAACAAGACUUGUCAAAUCAUGAAAAACGUCAACUCGCUCUUGCCAAGGAAAUCGCUGAAUUGGAAUCUGAAGCCAUUGGACCCAAAGAUUGGACAUUAUUAGGAGAAGCGACUUCUAAGGCGCGACCUGAGAAUUCAUUACUAGAAGAAAAUUUAGAUUUCGAACAAGUUUCCAAAAUCGUUCCUGUCAUCACAGACGAGACUGUCAAAACAUUAGAAGAGAUCAUCAAAACGAGGAUUCUAGACAAUAACUUUGAUUCGCCUGUUCGAGUUCGAGCUUACGAACCUACACCUUUCCUCCCUUCCAGAUACUUCGAGUUGCAAGAUCAACAAUCCAAUAAAUCACUUGCACAAAUAUACGAAGAGGAAUAUCAAGCUGCUUCAACUGGUGGAAAAGUCAAAGAUGUCCGUGAUGAGAAAUUGAAAAAAGCACAUGAUGAAAUUGAUAAUAUAUGGAACGAAAUUUGUUAUAAACUUGACGCUUUGAGUAGUUUGAACUUUGUCCCUAAAGCUCCAAAAGCACAAAUCACUACCAUAUCCGAUUUACCUACCACAUCAAUGGAAUCUGCUUUACCUACGACAACAUCGACCUCAACGAUGUUAGCACCAGAAGAGUUGUAUGCACCUCCAACGUCAUCUUCACUCGUUGCCAGAUCAGAGUUGACUCCUGAAGAAGCUCAGCGUGCCAGACAAAAGAACAGGAAGGCUAAACAAUCCGAACAGAAGAAGUUAGGUGGAAUGGCUGAGUUAUAUGGCAAGAAGAAGAAAUCUGUCAAAGAACAGAAAGAAGAUGCGUUGAAAGACCUUGUCAAAUCUGGUAAAGGCGUUACGGUUAUUGGUAAAGGAUGGAAAGAAUCAGGUAAAGCAAAGAAGAGAAGUUCCAAUGAUGAUGAGACAAGAGAGGAUGGUAAGAGGUUGAAAUUGUAG